AUGUCGUCUAAGGAGGCACCACUUCCUCCAGGGUUGGCUCAACGAAUUGAGUCUUUAACCAUAGCGCACAGGAAACGGCAGAGCAGCUCUGCUUCGACUCUGAAUGAUGGUAGUAAAAGUGAUUGCAUAUCCUCGCUGAUUCAGGAAUGGCGGGAGGUUGGUAACCUGUGCUUUGGGAAUGGAAGCCAUCUUUCGGCAAUCCGCUGCUAUACAAAUGCGCUACAGCUAGCGGAGGGUAAUGCUGAGGAGUGCGCCAUUUUGUACUGCAACCGGAGCGCGGCCUACUUGAAGUCUACGAUGUGUGCGGGUUCGUCUAUGGCAUUGAAGGAUGCAGAGAAAGUAAUUGCAUUGUGGCCAAGUUGGUUCAAGGGUCAUCUUCGCCUUGCAGAUGCACACUACAUGCGUAAGAACUAUGAAGAGGCAGAGCAGGCAUAUAAGAGAGCGCUGAAGAUCGAACCGGCCUGCACUACUGCGCAGACAUCCCUUCAAUCUCUUCGUAACGAUAUCGAAAAGCGAGCCUUGGAGAAACAAAAGAAGGAAAAGACGAUGUGGAAUUCAUAUGAAAAGGAAACCUGCCCAGGUGCGUAUAAGCAAAGUGGUGGGAGUGAGAAACCAUACCCGGAGUGCUUUGGUAGCAAGAAUAGCGCUACUUCCAGUAUGAAUAGCUCGACGCCGAGGCAAUCAAUGAAGUACGAGUCUUUCUUUUCGAUGAAUACCGAUGCGACGACAGACGGCGGUACCCUUACCUCAGCAACGGAUAGUGAUAACACGGAGAACCUAGUGCGGCUAUGGAAACGAGACGUGCUUCUGCGCGACGACCGUACCGGCAUGAAGCCGCGAACCGUCUCCCUCAGAGAUGUCGACAGCAGCAAUGGAAGGGCUUAUAAGGAAGAGCUGCUUUCGUCAUUCCGAAGCAAGGUGGCAGGGAAUGCUGAACUGUCUUCCAAGAUCCGUGCAAGGAUUGAGGAUCAACACCUUAGAGGCCAGAAGGUAAAUUAUCGAGAGGCAGAUAAAUACCGAAAUAUUUACGAGCGCUCCACGAAUGGUAUUGGCCUUGCCAUUACGGCCGAUGCGUAUAAGGAAUUUAAUGGCAAUCGCGAAGGAUAUUAUUAGGGUCGAAGAGAGGCCUUCGAGUUAUUUAUAACUUUCAAGCUAAAUUUUCGACUUUUACUUCGAAAUUACUAAACAUCCAGCCUGGGAGAGCCGUUAAAGUUUCAUACACCCUUCCCAAAAGUAAUAAAUGCUCUUGCAUAGUUUCUUUUUCCUAUUCGACUCUAUGUCAGCGCCUAGUCUUACGAAAUUCCUUUUAAAUCAGACAAACUUUUAAACUACCACCGAUUGUCUUGAGUCGAUGCAAAAAAAUUUUCUAUGUAUUAUUCUAUAGUUGUGUUUUACUAAAUUGUGAAUAAAAAUGCUUAUGAUUAUAUACAUUUUCUCAAGAUUAAUGUAUUCAUGUAGUGUUAUUCUAUAUGUCAAGUUCUAUAUCAGGUAUGCAAAUUAAAAGUGAAUGAUCAUUGGCGGAAUGGUAACUCCUUGUGUGUUUUUAGGACGCUUUCAAGUUGUGGAGAUGCAA